UGAGGGAAAAAGACUGUUGGACUGUUCAGGUCUCCUGGGGUGUGGUGGCUACCUAACGCCUCACCUGGGGAGGCAAGCGCCCCGCGGCUGUAUUUAUUACCUGAGCAAUAAGGGACGAGGAGUUCAGCCCUUCUCUGUGCUUGCUGGAUUUGCUUGCAUUUGUUCCCAGCCACUGCUCAUGUAAUGCACUCCCUUAGCCAGGAAAUUAAAGCAUUCUCCCGGAAUAAUCUCAGGAAGCAAUGCACCAGGGUGACAACGCUAACUGGAAAGAAAAUUAUAGAAACAUGGAAAGAUGCCAGAAUUCAUGUUGUGGAAGAAGUACAGCCAAGCGAGGGGGUUGGUUGUGGUUAUGUGCAGGACCUUAGCUUGGACCUGCAAGUUGGCGUUAUUAAGCCAUGGUUGCUUCUGGGGUCACAAGAUGCUGCUCAUGACCUGGAUGUACUGAAAAAGCACAAGGUGACUCAUAUUCUUAAUGUUGCAUGUGGAGUUGAGAAUGCUUUCUUCAGUGAGUUUACAUAUAAAAGCAUUUCUAUAUUGGACCUUCCUGAAACCAAUAUCCUGUCUUAUUUUCCAGAAUGUUUUGAAUUCAUUGAACAAGCAAAAAUGAAGGAUGGUGUGGUUCUUGUUCAUUGUAAUGCAGGGGUUUCCAGGGCUGCUGCAAUUGUAAUAGGCUUCCUGAUGAAUUCUGAAGAAAUUUCAUUUACCAGUGCUUUUGCUUUGGUGAAAAAUGCAAGACCUUCCAUAUGUCCAAAUUCUGGCUUCAUGGAGCAACUUCGUACAUAUCAAGAAAGCAAAGAAAGCAAUAAGUAUGACAAAAUACCACAAUUGGAAAGUGGCAACAGUUCAUGAGUUCCAUUCUGAAUGCAGAUGAUAGACUAAUGUAAUAUCUGAAUUGGCCUCUGUAACUGUCCUUUCCUCUUUAGGAGAGUAGACUACUAAAUUUCCUUUUAUCUUACUUUUUACAAAUGGAAAUGGAAAUCAAUUUGAUUGUCCUGAGCUAGUAUAUGAAUAAAUUUUUAAAUUAUAUUACUUUCUGUUAUUAUAAUGUUUGGUAAAGUUAAUUAGUAAGAGAAAAUAACAGUGAAUUAUGAAUCAUUGAUUUUUACAGAAGAAAAUUUUUAAAUUUAAAUUCUAUAUUAUAGCAUGGAAAGAAUAAAUCAGUUAAUGAAGCCUUUAGUAUUUUUCUAUUCUAACACCUGUUUUCAUGAGUGAAAAAACUUGAAUGCUACUUGACAUACUGUUUUAGAGAAAGGUAAAUUUUUUGUAAAGAAUAUUUUAAAGAUUAAAAAUGAAUACCUUCAACUUCCCAAAAGAGUCCCAGAAUCUAAAGGUUUAUACAGCAUUUAUGUAAUAGUAACUAGGCAUGGUGGCAUGUGCCUAUAAUUCCAGCAACUCAGGAGGCUGAGGCAGGAAGAUUGCAAAUUUGAGGCCAGCCUGGCCAAUUUAGACCCUGUCUAACAAAUAAAUGAAUAAAUAAAUAAACAAACAAAUAAAACAAGGGCUGGGUUUGUAGUUUAGUGGUAAAGAAGUGUCCCUGUGUUCAUUCCCAAUUACCAAACAACAGUAACAAUUAUAUAGUGGUUGCAAUAUAGAUAAAAUUUUAAAAUUCUUCCAUGAAAAUUAAUAACCACUUUUUGGUUUUCAAUUCUAUUACCUGCAUUUUUCAUUUUGAAUGCUUUCUCUUACAUAAUUAUGAUGUUACAAUUCUUUAACUAGAUAACACAGUUUCUUACAUUUUGUUUUUUUAUCUUAGAUACCUAGCAUUCUGUUUAGGGAGAUUAUGUCAUAAUUUUUUUGAUCUUCUUGGAUGUGUGGGAAAAUGUUUUAUACUAAAAGUUUACUUUUUAGUUGUGAUUUGGGUAAGAGCUAUUUUCUAGCUUAGUAUUUUGCAGGACAAGAUGUUUUAAGGAAAGAAAAGUUAGGUUUUGGUAAGAAAUUUUAAAUACAGUUUUAGGAGACCUAAAAUCAUUUACAAUCUUAUCUCUGGCCAGAGGCUUGAAUUGGUUCUUUUUGUUUUUCUUUAAUGUUUCCAUAUUGACAAGAGUGAACUUUAUAAAUUUGCUUCCAGAUUUUAUUUUAGGUGCUGGGGUUGUGGCUCAAUGGUAGUAUGCUUGCCUACCAUGUGUGAGGGACUGGGUUCAAUUCUCAGCACCACAUAUAAAUAAAUAAAAUAAAGUUCAUUGACAAACUACUGGUAUAGAUGAUAUAAAAAAGGAGAUUUUGAAUUUAUUUUCAGCAUAAGUUAUACUUAAAAUUAGAGUUAUUAGGGGCUAGAAUUGUGGCUCAGAGGUGGAGUGCUCACCUGGCAUGCCUGAGGCACUGGGUUUGAUCCUCGGCACCACCUAAAAUUAAAAUAAAGAUAUUGUGUCCACCUAUAACUAAAAAAUUAAAAUUAGAGUAAUUAAGACAAUUUAUUGGGUAGAUUUGAAGUAUUUAUUUAUGACUUAGAAAAUGAUUGCCUUAUAGAUUUUAUUUUAAAAAGUCAUGAGCUUGUCUUAAAUACUGUAUACCUUAGUUGGAAAGUACACAUUGAACCCAAAUGUGCAUUUGGAAAGGCUUUCUUAUACUGUCAUGAGCAAAAACUAAAAGUAAUAAAUGCAAGCUGUGUCUUGAUAUUGCUUAGAGUCUGACAAGUUGCCAUCAUGUGUAAUGCUUUGAACUCCUUUCUGUGAAGAAGCAGCUCAAAUGUAAUUAACUUUCCUUGAGCUGUUUGAAGCCCACCAAACCAGGGAGAAUUACCCUAAAUAGGAGAUUGAUGUAUAAUGCUGUCUCUGUGAACAGUAUUGCUGGAAGUUCGCUGGCUGAGACUUCUUGAUUGACAUGAAAGCAUUCAUUUAAAUAUAUUUUCUUUUGCUGAGUGCUGCUUGAUUUUUAGCUAUUGAAUCUUGUCACAUGAGGCUUGGAUAUACUUUGUUUGUAGUGGAUAAUAUGUUAUUUCUGUCUGUAGUUAGGCCAAACUGUUGCCUGUAGUGAUCUGGUUAUGGUUCAAACAUGUCUGUUCUAUUUUAUCUACUGAAGUUCUUUGAGCAUCAAUUUUAUUUUAAUCUUAAGUGAUAGAAGCUUGUUGUAUCUGAAAUAGAUCAGUAGAUGUGUUUAGUGCUUUAAAUUGGGGGUGCUGUGUCGGGCAAUGAUUUGUCACAGAAAUGGUAUGUUUACUGUACAAGGCAAUAAGUCAUGCUGAGAUACCAUACUAUUCCGUAAGAAGGAAUGUUAUCAUUAUGAUUCUCUAUCACAUAUAUUACAAAUUAAAUCAAACAUUUAUACCAUAUAUAGGUCCAUUUUGAGGGAAGUGAAAAAAUUUCACAGAGUAAUUUUUUAACUCUAUUUGUUUUUAAAUAGAUUUUCCUCUUUUUAAAAAGAAAAAAAAUGAAGGUAUAAUUUCUUUUUGAAAAUUGAAAAGCAAUAGCCUUCUUAGUAAACUGAAAAGGUUGAGUAGAACAAAGGCACUGGAACAAAUAAUAAAAUUCUAUUUACUUUAGACUAAUACUUUAAAAACUGUUUUGCUAACUUCAUGUUUUAAUAUAAGUUAUUGAUUAAAUGUAAUUGGAAUUGAAAACCCAGGAAAUAUUUAGAUUUUUUAAAUUUUGAGGAUAAAAUUUAAAAAUAUACUGAUUCAAAAAUAAAGAUUUCAGAGGAAA